CCGACAGCUGUCAUCGGGCUUUUGACCAAGUGAUAUUGUUUCUUUCCGGCGGAUUGGCCAUCUUAUUGGACCUGUCCUCGCUUGUCGGUAUAGAGCUGGUUCUGGAGACAUUCCAAUGGCGGAAAACAAGCGGCAGAGUGUCGGAGGGAAGCCGCAAGCGCAGGCACCAGCUGUGGCUGCCGCAGGCCCUGGCGUUAAUGCGGCCAUGGUGCCCUUAGAUGUGGCAUUGAGCGGUGCAAUCGGUGCGCGUGUCCGUAUCACCACCGCGCCUCCAACGGCUUCUACCCUGGAAGGUAUCCUCUUCACUACUGAUCCUAUCACGAACCUCGUCGCCAUCAAUACGUCCACGCCUCCUCCCACCCCAAUCAACGCCUCAAAUGCCAGCCUAGCCGGUGACUAUCAUAUCAUCCCGGUGUCUCGAAUCCAGUCCUUCCAGCUCCUAUCCCUGGCUCCAUCUUCCACUAGCUCCGAUGGACCCUCGUUCACGGAUGCUUACCCUCCGCUCCAUGCCCUGGACCUCCGUGCUCUGAAGACCCGUGAGGCGAACGCUGUCGCGAAGCUCCAGGAGCGGGAGGCGCGACGGGGCAAAGGAGUGAGUCGAGAGGCGCAAGAUCUCUUCGAUGCGUUCAGUCGGACGAUGCCUGCCAGGUGGGACGGCACCAGCAUAGUCGUCGCUGAUGCGGUCGUGAUUUCCAAGCCCUACACGGUGGAUCACUGCCGGCCAUUGGUAGCAGGGGAUGUAGCCGCGCUGGCACGAGUUCGUAAAGUUCUCGAGAUGGAGCGUAAAAAGAUUGAACUCCGCAACGCCAGUGCUGCGAUUGGAAACUCGAACAACUUUCCUCGGAACGCGGGCGCAGCACGAGGUGUCCCGAACAAGGAUUCACGGAAUUCUAUUGCUGGGGGGAACCAUGCGGGCGCUGCGGCAGGAUCCGGAGCUGUUGGGCAGAGAAAAGGUGGAUGAUCUCACAGGUAUAAGAUCGACAGGCACCGAAGGCUACUUUGCAGAGGUCUGGGCGCCGAAGUCAGUGGAAGGGCGAUAUGCAAUAUCAGACCAGCUUUGCUGCUGCUGAGUUUGGGGCAGCGUGAGAUCCCAGACACCGUGGG